GCUAAAUUCAGCUUAUCAGCUUGUACUUUCGGUAAACUCAACCUCAAAUUCUAUUUUAAAAAUGUUUAAGGGGCUAGGAAAAUAGAUUUAAGUAUAAUAUUGCACAAUGGUGUUUACUACCGCUAUCAAUUUUAUAAGAUCUCGUGGACCCGAUGAAAUUUGGAGAAAACGUAGAAUUUUUAAACUUGCAGCUCACUUUAUUGGACGAAGAAGAAAUUGUUACAGCAUUGCAAUCAGAAAUGUCCACAGAGCUCUAGUUUAUGCUACAAAAGGGAGGCAAUUAAGGAAAGAAGACAUGGCUAGUUUAUGGGAAAUGAGGAUAAGAGCAGGUUGUGAUCAACAUAAUGUAAGUUACGAAACUUUCAGAGAGGGUCUGGUGAGAUCUGAUAUAUUAUUGAAUAGAAGAACCUUGGCAGAUCUAGCUUGUUGGGAACCAUACUCAUUUAAAGCACUCACAGACAUUGCUAAAAGAAGAGCUGUUGAUGAUGGUUUAGCUGGAAUAAGUGCAGAUAGCUCCCUUGAUAGGAUAAUUACUAGAGGCUGUAUGGCCAAACAAAAGUAGUUUUUAAAAUGCAUAUGUAGUUAAUGAUAUAUGUAAGUUUGUGUUUUAUGUUAAAUACAAAUAAUUAUAAGCAA